CGGCCGGGGGCGGCGGCCGUUGGCUAACUGGCCUACCAAGCUAGCUCUGGCUUCUUGCCCAGCUGCGGCCACAAUGACAAAGGAUUCACCCACCCCCUUGGGUGGUGGCCGCGCGUCGCCCAAGAAGCCAGGCAGCCCCGGGCCAGCGGCAGCAGUGCUGGAGGAGCAGAGGCGAGAGUUGGAAAAACUGCGGGCAGAGCUGGAGGCCGAGCGCGCGCGCGGCCGGGCGGAACGGCGGCGUUUCGAGACCCAGUCGCGCCAGCUGCGGGAGUCCGCCGAGCAGGAGCGGCAGCAGCUGGCUGACCAUCUGCGCUCCAAGUGGGAGGCUCGACGCCUCCGGGAGCUGCGGCAGCUGCAGGAGGAGGUGCAGCGCGAGCGUGAGGCCGAGAUCCGGCAGCUGCUGCGCUGGAAGGAGGCAGAGCUUCGGCAGCUGCAGCAACUGCUGCACCAGGAGCGCGAUGUUAUAGUGCGCCAGGCUCGGGAGCUUCAGCGCCAACUGGCCCAGGAGCUGGUGAACCGCGGUUACUGCGGACGCUCGGGGGCGCCGGAAGCCUCCGCGGCUCAAUGCCACUGUCGCCUGCAGGAAGUGCUGGCGCUGCUGCGCUGGGAGACCGACGGCGAGCAAGCCGCGCGCAUCCGCCACCUGCAGGCGGCGCUGGACGCGGAGCGCCAGCUCUUUUGUAAAUACAUAGUCGAUCACUUCCGCUGGCAGCCCGCUUUGCGGGAACCCACGGACCCCCAAGCCGCGCACUCCUUGGAAGAGCCACCCCUAGAAGCCCAGAGCAACACUCGUGGCACCCCAAAGCCUGCUCGUCGACUCGGAUCUCACGAAAGCCUGAGCAGUGGCGUCAGGGUUAGCUCUCCAAACGACCUGCUGCCCACACGCGCCAGCUCCCUCGAAUACUUAGCAACAGCACAUUCCUGCUCACUCGACAGCACACUGAGUUGUCCCCGGGCUUCCGAGUCCGAGGUAGGAGCCUCUUCGACCAGCGCCCCCAUCUCAGACACCUCCAGUCCCCAUCCGCCGCCCCAGCUACCAUCAAUACAUAGAAAACCUACUGACCUGCAGGAAGAAAGACCUGAGAACAAGCCCGGUCAGGACUACAACGAACUGGUGAGGCAGAACUCGGAGUUGGCCGAAGCAUUGCAGGUGCUGAUUCGCCGCUGCUGUGACCUGCGUGAAGAGAACUUGCAGCUGCGGCGCGCGGGCUUCUCCGAUGAGGCCGAUGAGAAAGUGAAGUGGUUCAAGGUGAAGCACGCAGAGCUGACUGACCUCGCUCAGCGCCUUGAAGACAGGGCCCGCAAGCUGCAGGAGACCAACCUUCGGGCCGUGAGCCCUCCUGUACCUGGUGAGAGCCUCGAGGACCUGGGCCAAGUGUUUGCCCGACAUCGCGCUCAGGACCUGUCAGAACAGGCUGACGUGCUGCAAGCCAAGGACCUGCAAAUCGAAGCACUGAGGCGGGAAUGCCACCUGCUGCUGGCGCUCAUCGCGGCGGACCUCGGCAGCUCCUCGCUUCCUGGAGAGGGCGCCACCUGCGCACAUUGGUGCAACAUCAAUGACUUGGACCGGCUGCAGCGUGAGUCUCAGCGGGAAGUGCUGCGUCUGCAAAGACAGUUGACUCUACAUCAGAGUAAAGCCGGCGGCGCCCGGGCGGACGCAGGCAGCCUCAGCUCACCCUCCGAGACAGCACGACACCAGGUGCAGGCUCUGGAGCAGCAGCUGGGUGCACAGCGGCGGGAAUGCGAGAAGCUGAGCGCUCAGGCAGCCGCCGCAGAGCGGCACUACGAGGAGACAGAGGCACAACUGCAGGCCGCGCUGCACAAGGGCGCCAGGCUGUCAGAGGAGAACAUGAGGCUGCAGGCUCUGGCCAACUGGGUGAAGAAGAUGGCAAACGAGAACAGCAAUGUUCCCCGGCAGCAAAGCCACGCGAGGCUGAGGCAGGAACUCGAAGUCAAUGGCCUGCUGGCUGAGCAGCUGCUGCAACAAGCGGGAUAUGUGCAAGACAGGUGGUGGCAGCUGCAGCACUACCAAAAUAAAGCCCCGAGUGACCUCCAGGCUUCCGGGAAAGAGAUGCAGGGUUUGCAGUGUCAGCCUGGCCACCCCCCGGAGACACUGGAGACCACCCAAGCUUCGGAGUCCCAAGCCAGGGGUAGCAGGAGGUCCAAGUUCAAGCCAAAGUCUGAAGAACAUGAAUUGUCACUGCCUACCAGAGACAUACAACCUCCCGUUUGUCUUUCCCAGCAGGAGAACUCAGUUACCCUUGGGGAACCAGCUGGUGUCCUCCAAGUAUCAGACAAAAUUCCUACCAGUCAGCCUCUGGACUCCAGACCCCAAGCCAAGAAAACCAGUUCACACUCAAAUUCCUCCUCCGAGGUAGAGUCCAUGUGGGCUACAGUGCCAUCUUGCCUUUCUCUGGACAUGGACACAGCAAGUGAAGUGGAUGAUUUAGAACCAGACAGUGUGUCCACUCCCCUGGAAGCGAGGAGCGCUGAGGCUCCCACCACUCCCAAGCUCAAGAUCUUCUUGGCUAGGUAUAGCAACAAUCUGUUUGAAGGGCCUAGUGAGCAUUCUCAAGGCGAGCUACCCCUCACAGCCGGAGAUUAUGUAUAUGUCUUUGGGGACAUGAAUGAGGUUGGCUUCUAUGAAGGGGAGCUUGUGAAUGGGCAGCGAGGGCUAGUGCCCUCCAACUUAGUGGAACAGAUUUCAGGAAGCCCUAUCCUGAACCACCUAUUCCCCAAGUCCCCUGAACUUGGUCCCACUACACUACCAGCUGAGCAUAGCAAAGUCUUGAAGAAAGGCACCUUAUUACUUGGGGAAGUUAAGGGAUCAUUGGAAAGAGGCCUAUGCCAGGUGGGAAGGGCAGACUCUAAGACAGAUAUGGCAGUAAAGAUUUUGGAAACCAAGACAGAAGCCUGCUGGCUGGGCUUGAAACCAAGCAUGGAUGAGCAGAGUUUCUCCAGACCCCUUCUGGAGGCUAAAGGAGUAUUCUGUCUGGCCCCCAUGCAAUUACGGCUACAGAAUGUCACAGCUAACUCUGCCACAAUUACAUGGGCCUCUGGCAGCAAUAGAUACCCCCAUGUGGUGUACCUGGAAGAUGAAGAGCAUACCCUAACUCCCUCAGGUGUGAGCUGCUACACCUUCCAAGGCCUACAUCCUGGCACCCGGUACCGGGUGAGGGUGGGGGUGCAGCUACCUAGGGACCUGCUACAGGUGCUCUGGGAAACAAUGUCCUCCACUGUAACUUUUGAUACACCUUUAGCAGGACCCCCUGACCCUCCUCUGGAUGUGCUGGUGGAGCACCAUGCCUCUCCAGGUGUCCUGGUAGUCAGUUGGCUCCCUGUGACUAUUGACUCAGCUGGGUCCUCCAAUGGAGUACAGGUCACUGGCUACGCUGUGUAUGUGGAUGGGUUCAAGGUGACAGAAGUUGCUGAUGCCACUGCUGGAAACACCUUGCUAGAAUUUUCCCAGCUUCAUGUUCCCCUAGCAUGCCAGAACGUUUCUGUGAGGACCAUGUCACUGUAUGGUGAGUCUCUGGAUUCUGUACCAGCUCAGAUCCCCGAGGACUGUUUCUCUUGCUGCCCAUUCCUGGAGACACCUCCCUUUAGCCUCACAGAUGGUGACCCUUCUCCCUGCAGAGCUGUCUCCCCUGUUGGUCACCAGAAGCUGGUACAAGCUUCUCUGACUACCAAGUCCAGCCCCCAUAACCCCGGAAGCUGUGAGGAGCCUCAGGCUAAGUUCCUAGAAGCAUUCCCUGAGGAACCCCCAAGGAAGCAUUCACCAGUAUCCAACCUGAGCUCAGAAGGGGCAGACACCCAAGCCCAGGUACCUACUGAAGCCUGGAAGGACUAUGAAAAGGGCCCAUCUUUUCAGGAGAGUUCCCAGAACCACAAGCCACCUCUGCUCUUUGGCCAGUCUGGGGUGGAAGAAGACCGCUCCCUGCACAUGUGCAUCAGUGGAAGACCUGCCCCAGGAUUCAUCCAUCUCUCCCCAGAGAUUGGGCCCAGAGAAGUACUGUGUUCAGAGAAGCCUGACCUGGAGAAAGCCCUUCUUCAAAAGCAGUAUGCCCCGAUGCUCCCUCCUCACCAGCAAGGCUCCAUCCUGUGCCUGACAGCUGACCUCCAUCAUGUUUUGGAGGAGAAGGAGGCUCUGUGUUUAAGUUCUCGGUGCGCAGAGAAGCUAGGGCAAAGAAAGAACAAGUUCCAAAGCGGACAAAGACAGGAGACUCCAGGAGGCAAGAGAGAGUGCCAGUUUCAGGAGCCUACCUCAGUGCUGUGCCCAGUGCCAACCAGCAAAGUCAUUAAGAUGGCAAGUGGUGGCCCUGAGCAGCUGGGGACAGAAGCUAGCAGCUCAGGCAGGGUCUUCAUGGCCCUCUUUGAUCACAGCCCCCUGGUGAUGUCUGUCAACUCCAAGGCUGCGGAGGAGGAGCUGGUAUUCCAGAAAGGGCAGUUGCUGAGAGUGUGGGGUUCACGGGAUCCCCACGGCUUCUACCGUGGAGAGUGCAAUGGACAGGUGGGCAAAGUCCCUGGGCACCUGGUAGUCGAGGUGCAGGUGGGCGCUGAGCAGACUGGGGAGAGGUGGCAUUUCCCACCACAAGGGCACCUGCACUCUAAGGCUCAACAUGAAGACUUGGAGCGUCUCACCAACUUCCAAGGAUCUUUCACGCCUAAAGGGAACUCCAGAACACCCACACUGUGGACCCCAAAGACAAUGGUGGCAGCUCUGGACUAUGACCCCAGGGAUGGCAGAGCAGGGGUCCGGGCAAAGGGCAAGCUGGUGUUGAGGACUGGUGAUGUGGUCACAGUUUAUGGGCCUGUGGAUAAUAAGGGAUUCUACUAUGGUGAGUAUUGUGGACACAGAGGCCUGGUCCCAGCCCACCUGCUGGAUGACUUGCCUGUCCUUGGAGAGUAGGCACGACUCCUUCGUAGGGUGGUAGCCUCUGGCUGCCCACACCCCUUGGAAAGAGAAGCAAGCACGGGUACUUUCACACAACACCCCCUCCUCACCAGUCACCUUAAGCAACGCUGGCUUCCGGCAACAUCACCUGAAAGUGAUAACAGUCCUCAGAUAUCCUAGUGUCCAACAGAGGCAGGACUUAAUCUGAGUUAUUUCCAAAAGAAAACUAAACCAGCCAAGCCCUGAGAGUUUGAUAGGCUGUUUCAGACAUGAAUAACCAUGAUAGGUAUUAGAACUGCCUUUUUCUGUGGUCAGUAUGUUUUCUUUAGCAGGUUAACAUUAUCCAUCCAUUGCCUUGUAUGAAAGUCUCAAAAAAGUUGCGUCUUAAAAUAAAGAAGCAAUCAGUA